AUGAUCCGAGGCAAACUGAUAGCAAUAGCCACAGCGCUCAAACAUCAACGCUUGAAAGAUUUAAUAAACGCACUGGCGGAACUGACAAGACUGGAAACACUCCACAAACAGAACCCGUCGGACCAGCUCCUGGCUCAGCUCACAUCCACACGGGAACUAAUCAAACAGCUCUCAAGAGUGAACGUAGCGAGAAACCUCAUGUGGACCAAACAAAGUUUCUACGAGAAGGGAAAUAAAGCUGACUCCCUCCUUGCACACUGCCUCAAGAAACGACAAGACAUCAAGAGGAUAUCGAAGAUCCAGAGAAAUAACGAACAGACCGGACCAAAUAGCCAAUGA